CGGUAUGUUGCGCAUUAUCAAACAUUUGUUCACAACUGCGCAGCGUGAAAUAGCGCGUUGGUUUAGACCGUGAAUAUAUCUGUUUAAACCAUGAAAGAAAGAUUGCCUAACUACUUUCCACUCCUUGAACAAAUUAGUGAAGACGAUGAUGAUGAUGACAUUGGCUGUUGUUCAAGUUCUGGUAAUCAGAAAUGCAGCACAAAAUCACUGGAUUUAGAGAAACCAAAGCAUGGAGAGAGGACAACAGAAGCAUCCAUUGGUCUAAUGCCUCCUUUACAGACAGAGACAGAAGUGUCACUUGGUCCAAUGUCACCCGUGCAGAAGCUUUUAUUUUUACUUUCUUUACUUCUUUGUCUGCUCUUCUUUAUUACAUUUGGUUGGUUAUUACCAUGUAAUCUUCCAGGUUUCAGUGGACAACAAAAGCAAGAAAAAGCCAAUUGGCUUGCACGUUUGAACAAUACUGAGAUUACCACAAAUCUAGAAGCUGUUGCCCUGAAAUUUGGUGGUCCUCCUUUCUUGGUGAUUUUUGGUAUGAGAAGUAAAGCUAAUAAUUCUGAUAAUGCUGGUUUAAUGGCUCUUAGCCAAAGUGAUGGCAAGACCUUAUGGUAUGUUCCACUACAUUCAAUGCCUACAAGCCUAAAGUGUAAUAUGUUAGAUAUCAACAGAGAUGGUGUCAUGGAUUGUAUCGUUCGUGGACAAAAUGGACUUUUUGUUGCUGUAAACAGUAUAAACGGGCACACAUUUUGGUACCUUCACAAUCACAAUAAUCAGCCUCCACCAGUAGGUUUGUCUGCUCCAGUAAUCAUACCAGACUGUGAUGGUGAUUUGGUUCCAGAGAUUGUUGUGGCCUAUCGUAUACAAAACGUGAAUUCUGAUAACAAUGAUUCGUCACUCACCUACAUGGCUGUUGUGUCAAGUUCGUCAGGACAGCUUCUUGGAUUGCUGCAUCAUUUAGAAGUUUGUAAUAAAAUUCCAGCUAUAGUAACUCGACAAACUGAUGAUAUAGAAAACAUUGAUAUUGUUUUCUUUUGUAGUAACGGAAGUAAUGAUGGAAAUGUGUGGGUUCUUCCAUCGAGUAGCUUGUGUAAGUCAGGAACGGUUCAUUCAGAUGCUUUAAACAGUCUUCGUUCAGUCUACGG